AUGUAUUCAUUUCUUAACAUCCCUCCAAAUUACCCACCUCACAAUUGCACCAAUUACAGACAAGUGGAUAGAUUCACACAACCUUACACUCACACUACAAUCGACAAAGUGCCCUUUCCUAAAGAUAAGAACUACCGCCCACCACAAAUUAGUCUCUCCACACAAACCAUAUUCCGGUACAGAAACUUCACUAUGACACUAACGAUGUCCGAGGAUUGGCGUCGGUCACAUGGCAUUCUUCCAGAGGAUGUUAUAAAGUGUGCACUAGCAGCGACCUGUCACAAAGAAAGUGUAAUAGAGACGCAUCAAAGUGACGAAGUCAAACUCUGUAAAGUCUGCCAAUCGGAACGACGCAUUAUAGAAAUCGACCAUAGCGAUCAAAGCCAAAUUGGCCCGGUCACCACUGCGGAUGGCUUAGAAAAGUACACGUUCAACAAAUGUAAGAGUUUCUGCUCUUCGUCGCGCAACCAUCACCACAGUCGACUUUGUAUCGUCAUAUCGGGAUUGCCGGACGGGCCGUUUUACUCUGCGCCGUUUGUGUUACAAGCGCGCGAGAAGAGGACGACCAAAACGGAAGGCCAACAAGACGAGAAAGAUGACAAAGAAGGGUUGUCCCCGACCCCCGAGGAAGACAUGCCGUUCAUUAAAGAGGAAGAACUGAUGAAAGUGGAAGAGGUGAUCCAAGACGAAGUAGAUGUCCAACAUGAACUUGCUGUUGUAGUUGUGGUCCACUUUAACACUAACGACUUUAAAACAAAAAUUGGGAAAGGACUGUGUGAGCGGAUGGAGAAAAUUGAAGGCAUUCAAUGUGUUCGAAUGCGCGAAGGUGGGUUAGUGGUGUUUGUUGUGGUCUUUGGGGUUGAAGGGAAGGUCGACCGCCUGAGUGAGAAAGUGCGGGAGUGUGCUGAAAAGUAUUUUAAAAAUGACGGAGUAGAGAAUGGGUGGCAAGCCAAUCUGUUAGAAAUUGGCGUGGUGAGUAAAUACAUUAUAACCGAUAACAGGGGAUGA